AUAUAUAUAUAUAUACAGAGAAGAUAGAAGUCCGUGUCCCAAAAGAAACGAACGUCCAAUUUAAAGGAACGAUUCCACGAUGCGACGACGAGCCUGACAUAUUUCGUUUACGUGCGUCAAAGACUGGGUGAUUAGAGUUACUAUUUACAUUUCAACAUGUCGAAUUGACGUUGAAGUGGCAUUUAAAACUGCGAGAUUUCGACCUGAUGUGAUAUUCCAAACGAUGGCUGCGAAAGUCUAUCAACCUGAUCAGGAGUUGGAAACAAAAGUUAAGAAAGCAACGGAACGUAUAUCAGAGAACAUGCACAUCGUCGCGAACGAGCCAUCGCUCGCAUUUUACAGGCUGCAGGAGCACGUGAGAAAAGCUCUGCCACCGAUGGUGGAGAAACGAGUAGAGGUGCUGGCGCUACAACAACAAUUGCUAGGCAGAUGCUACGACGUGGAGUACGCGGUCAGCGCUAUACGAACGAUGCAGGGUGCUGGGAAGAGCUUCGAGAAUACCCUAGAGUUCAUUAAGAACGCUAUAUUCUUUAAGCAGCAGCUCAAGUACGAGGAGCAAAGGCGACACAAGAAGGACGGCAGCAAAGACUCUGUCUACAAGAGACUGUCGGCGCAUAUCCCGACGCUGGAUCACCUACCGGACGAGAUAUCGGACGUGGUACGGGAGACAGCGAAUCGCGUGGAAUCGAUGAUGAAUCAUGCCCGUCACUCGAGCGAUAUACAACGAUCGACCACCACCCACAAUUAGAAAGAUGAAGGAAAGAACGCUCGGUUUUCUGUGAUAAUAGCUCGCUCAUUCGCGAAUUUUAUACAUGUAGAUGCACGUAAUGUUAUUGCUG